AUGUUUGGUUUCUCCUGUAGCAUCCUACGCGCUUAUGCACUUGGAUAUCUUUCUUCAACGACACCAAAAGUUAUCGCAAGCCUUCGGCGACUUCGAGGCCAUGAGCUGAGCUGCAAGGAAAAGCUCCAGGAGCUUUCUCGCGCACUGACAAGUGCCAUUCGCUUGAAUAGUUUCGCAACUUUUUGCGGUUUUCUGGUCGGGGGCUCAACAGUGUUUCCUGUUUUGUUUCUCAGAUUGUGUGGGCUUAUAGCUCGUCACCUUGGUUCAAAGCCUAAAUUAUUGGAAUCUCGUGGGCUCGCACGGUUCAUUCGAUUCGUCUCUGCUCUUUUCUCUUCUUGGUUCAGUUUCCAGCUUCUAAACAGAAAGCCCAUUAGUCUGGACAGAAGUCAUAACAGUUUAAGCCAAGAUACUACGGGCAAGAAAAAUGACCCGAGUGAGAGUCAGACUGAAACCAAGCUUGGGGCACUAAACGCUCCUGACCUUGCUGGUAGGACAAUGGAUCUCACAUUAUUUACACUUACCAGAGCAGUGGAUUCCAUGGUCUGUAUAGGUUGGUCUACUUGGCGUCAUCGGCGUAAGUCCAAGAAUCGUUGGACCAAAGCAGAGGAUCUUCUUCCUCAGCUUGCAGACGCGGGUGUAUUUGCCGCCAGUGCUGCAGUUGUAAUGUGGGCAUGGUUCUACCAACGCGACAGACUACCUAAAUCAUAUGGAAAAUGGAUUGGGGAGGCAGCACAGGUGGAUUCACGUUUAGUCGAAGCACUCCGUCGGGCUAGAUGGGGCUCAUGGGUAUACGGAAAAGACACCGGUCAAGCACCCCUCCUUGAGUCUAUGUGCAAGGACUAUGGCUGGCCAAUCGAAUGGGGUGAUCCAGCUAAAACAAUCCCAUUACCUUGCGAAAUGGUCCACAUGGACUGUGGUCCCAGCUGCGAAAAGCAUGCUGCAAUUCGUUUUCUUCGAACUUUCAAGUUCGCCUGUGCAACCUAUAUCCCACUACAAGUCGCAUUUCGCCUUCGCGGAAUGAAAUCGAUGUCAGCACUUACUCGAACUUUGACCGACGCCUUGAGGUCAUCCGCAUUCCUUUCCUCAUUUGUGAGCAUUUUCUACUACUCUGUCUGCCUUGCCCGAACGAGGCUUGGCCCGAAGCUUUUUGAUCGCAAAACGGUCACACCGAUGAUGUGGGACUCUGGACUUUGUGUCGGGGCUGGAUGUCUCAUGUGCGGCUGGAGUAUUCUGGUUGAGAAAGCUCGAAAGAGACAGGAAGUUGCACUGUUUGUGGCACCUAGAGCGGCAGCAACUGUUUUGCCAAGGUUGUAUAAUAAGAAGUAUCAAUAUCGGGAGCGCAUUGCCUUUGCAGUCAGUGCUGCUAUUGUUUUUACUUGCUUGCAGGAGCGGCCCAGCGUGGUCAGAGGAGUCUUCGGCAAGAUUGGAACAAGCGUGUUGAAAUGA